AUGACUGCCUACAGCAUCCAUAAUUACAAUGGCGAUAACGCCGCCUACAACGACCGCACCAGUCAACAACAACAACAACAACAAGAGCAGCGGCAGCCUCCUGCCUACACCACUCCUCACAUUGAUCUCACACCCAGCUCGACCUUUGACGCCAACAUGAAUGCUCCCAACUACAACGCUUCCGUCGGAGCUGCUCCUCAAAAGCCCAGCUCCUUUGGGCAAAAGUUUCACUCCAUUACCACCAAGGCCGGCUGGCCGUUGAACAAGGCUGCUAAUGUCGUUGGCGCUGAGGGCUGGUGGCCUACCAGCGUGCAGAAGGAAUGCGGCAAGGCUGCUCAUAUUCUUCACUCUUUUACCAGCCUCGGCGCUUCUCCGGCCCCCAAGACAGACGGGCCUAUGCACCCGACCGGCAUCACUAAGAAGUCCUUGGUCAAGAUUCCCGACGCUGUCUUGAGAACCUGUGCCGGUCUUGCUAUCUUUAACGUGAUUCGUGCCGGUGCUUUCCAUGGCUCUCUCGCUGCUGGCUCCGGUGUUGUCGUCGCUCGCCGCCCGGACGGCACCUGGUCGCCCCCCUCAUCCUUUGUCGUUUCCACCGUCGGUGCCGGCUUCAUGCUCGGCCUCGACAUUUACGACUGCGUUUGCGUACUUAACACCCCGGUCCAGGUCAAUGCCUUUACCAACCCGCGCGUAUCUCUCGGCGGUGAUGCCUCCGUCGCCAUGGGCCCUAUCGGCGCCGGUGCCAGCGUCGACGCCGCCCUCUCUAAGACGGUCCGCCCCAUGUGGAGCUACAUGAAGAGCCGUGGUCUCUGGGCCGGCGUCCAGAUCGACGGCACCAUCAUUGUCAGCCGCGCCGACGCCAACUCCGUCUUCUACAAUGAGCGCGGCAUCUCGGCCAAGAAGAUCCUUUGUGGCGACGUUGCGUGGCCCAUGGGCGCAAAGCCCCUCUUUGAAGUUCUCGGGGCAAUCGAGGGCCGCUCCGACUUUGACCACACCGUUGUACAGGAAGUGGGCCGCAUGCCUUCUCCUGGCGACACUGUUCUGGACGAGAAGAGCGAGCCCGCUGCUGUCGAGUAUGAGCACCAUCAACAGCAGCCAAAACCCGCUCAUGACGAGUCUGUCCUGGAUGAGAAGGAGAGACUUGGGAGAGCUGGCUACUAA